GUGCUCCGAUCCGUCUUUCGAGUGGGUUGCAUCCGUCAGCAGUUUAAACUUAACUUGGAACUCGACGUUGCACUCCUUGGUUUUGGCCUGAAAUUUUUAUCAUAUCUGUGUCGAAAAACCACAUAUCUAUAAUGUUUGGAAGCAUUUCCUCUUGGUGGUCCUCCACACCUUCUGCAUCGUCUCCAACAGAAGAGAAGGCGAAAUAUGAUCCAACAAACCCUGCAAUGAAUCCGCUCAAUCCAAAAGGGCUUAAGCCUUGUUGUGCUUGUCCAGAGACCAAGUCUGCCCGCGAUGCCUGCUUUUUGCAAAGCAAAACCGGUGGAGAUGAGGGCGAGUGCGCAGAGCUAGUUCGCAGACACGUAGAGUGCAUGCGUAGCCUUGGUUUUCAGAUCUGAGUCCACUAUGCACGAGGAUACGAGGAAAAUCCUGUGCUAUAGAUGUGUCUCGUAGGAGAAAGAUGCCGAAAUCUAUCGCAUAUAUAUAAUUAGAGUCUCUAUCAUCUACAUCUGUAGUAUCUACCAACACAUCACCACUCAACAAUUAACGAUAACUGUGGUUCCGCUUAAUUUUGCGCACUUCUGUGCACCUCUUGUUGGCAUAAUGCAUUGAUCUAAGCCACGCAUCAAUCGUUCUGGGCAUGGCUUCGCGGGAGGCGGCACAAAGGUUCUGGAGUCCACAUAUAUGCAUAGUGGCAUAGUGUGUAGUGGAAUAAGUAUCCCGUGAGUGUGGCGCAGUCUUCAAAUUUGGGAUUUUUGCUACUGUAUGCGCGCAGCCCAAGCUCAUGCUUCUAUGUUCUCCUAUGAACACUAAGAAUGACGCGGCUAGCCUAUAUAAUGCUGAGAAGUUUUCAGUCUAGGAGGUCGUGAGAAGAUGAAUCUGACCAAACGAGUUGCUGGCUCGGUGAAUACACCUUUGCUACACCUCCUGAAGUCCUCCUCAUGGUGAGUAUCACUUCUAAGAUUCUCACUCUGAGCUAUGGUAUAUGUGUCAAUCGUGUACCUUGACAUUAUAUACAGAUAAAAUACACUCGACUCAC